AUGAGACUCUUUUGGCAGAUUUGGGAUACAACAGGACAAGAAAGGUUCAAUAGUUUAGGUGCUGCAUUUUAUAGAGGUGUAGAUUGUUGUGUUUUGGUGUAUGAUGUAAAUGCACACAACACAUUUGACACACUAAACAAUUGGCAUGAUGAGUUCAUUAAGCAGGUAGAUUUGAAUGAUCAUGAAGCAUUUCCCUUUGUGUUACUUGGGAACAAGGUUGAUGUAGAUGGUGGGAACAGUAGAAAGGUGACUGAGAAGAAAGCUAGGGAAUGGUGUGCUUCUAGAGGGAACCUACCAUAUUUCUGUUUAAUUGAUACCUGUGUACUAAUCUUUUUGUCACUGGCAUAG